AUGGCAACCACCAUGGCCACUCUCUCUGCAAUGGCUCUUGCAAAGGGCCCUCGACAGAAGACCCAAACUGACUUGGCCAACAUGGCUAUAGCACGGUCUUCUGCUGUUGCGGUCGGUGCUCAGCAGCUCCAUCAAGAAGACCAACAACAGCUUCAAAAACAACAAGGAUCUGUACUGCCUCCCAUGGCCUCUUCUUCAGUUUCAACAUCUACGCCUGUAGCUGACCAUCAUCACAUUCAUCACACUCAUCACCAUAGUCACCAUCACAGCAGUAGCAGUAGUAGUAGUAGCAGCCAUAAUAAUCAUCACCAUCGUCAUCUUCACCAGUCUUCUUCAGCCUCAAUUUCUUCAAAUACUUCCACUCCACGAAUUCAACCUCCCAUGUCCUGGACAGGGCUGGACAGAAGUGGUAAGCCAAUUGAAAUCAUUGUCAUUUCUGACGACGAGGACGAAGACGAAGACGAAGAUAAACAGAACAUAAAAGGUAGGCCUUCUGGCUCUUCUGGUUCAUUUAAUGUCGAUGUUCCUGCCGAUGAUGAUAAUAAUGAUGAUGAUGACGAUGAAGUCAUCUGCACUGGCUCUCAUCCAUCGACAUAUCCCUCUCUUUCCUCUACAAGUAUAUCGUCGGCAUCAUAUGGCUCUACCUCAUCAGCAUGCUCCUCUUCUUCCACUUCUUCCUACACAUCUUAUUCCGCUCUGGACCACCCUAUACCCACAACAAGCACUUCCUACUCCUCCUCCUCCUCCUCCACAUCGCAUAAGCGUAAGCGCAGCAGGCUGUCGCCAACGCCUCCGGCAGCUGCCUCUGCCACCUCCCCAUCCUCCAGUAUUAACCCGGAAAAAUCCCGAGCAAACCGCAAGCGUCAGCGCCUCAUCUCAGAAAUUAAGUAUUAUCCUCCUUCACAGCCAGUCAUCAAGUACAAUGAUAUACAUAUUCCAGAGUUCAACGACUCUCCUCGUGGUUCCUCAGCUUGUACCCAAGACAAGGACGGCUACUUCAAUGCGGCGUGUCCCACCUCCAUCGUCAAUGGCCGCUUCCAUUUAUCCAAAGUCCUUGGACAAGGUACCUUUGGCAAGGUCUUUGCGGCUUAUGACACUAAAAACCGCCGGCAUUGUGCCCUUAAAAUCAUUCGAGCCAUUCCAAAGUAUCGUGAUGCUUCAAAAAUAGAGCUCCGAGUUCUUUCUACCAUUGUUCGCUACGACUCUAACAACCGCAACCGCUGUAUACACGUUCGUGAGGCUUUUUCCUAUAAUGGUCAUGUCUGCAUCCUCACGGACUUGCUGUCUCUGAGCAUUUAUGACUUUAUGAAACUUAAUCACUUUUGGUCUUUUCCUCCAAGCCACGUUCAAUCUUUUGCAAGGCAAAUUCUCACCUCGGUCGCAUUUUUACACGAUCUGGGUCUUGUCCACACGGACCUCAAGCCAGAAAAUAUUCUGCUAAAGUCCUCAGACAAUGUACCUCGUACCCAUCCCAAGACCGCCCCACAAAAUGAAAAGUACCUCACCCUAAAGGAUACUGCCAUUUCGCUCAUUGACUUUGGCUCUGCCAUAUUCAACGAUGAGUACCAUAACAAUAUCGUUUCCACGCGGCACUACCGCGCACCAGAAAUCAUUCUCGGGGUUGGCUGGUCCUUCCCUUGUGACGUGUGGUCUAUUGGCUGCAUCAUUGUUGAGCUGUGUACUGGCGAAGCACUCUUCCAAACCCACGAAAACUGCGAACAUCUGGCUCUCAUGGAGAAAAUUCUGGGGAGGAGUAUCGACAGGUCUUUGCUAUCGCUGGCGUCGCGCAAUCAAACCGGCGUCGUGCUCAUUAACCCCAAGACGGGUCGUAUUAAUUUCCCGAAUCAAACUACAGAGAAAAAUAGCAUAAAAGUUGUGAAUGAGACUCGCACCCUUGCUACUAUUCUCAGACGCAAGGCCAUGCCUACUAUGCAAACUGCAGAUGAGCGUUAUUGGCAUUUGCUUAAGGACCUGCUGGCUCAGAUCUUUACUUAUGACCCGGCUAAGCGCAUUACUGCUCGUGAUGCUCUUUCUCACCCGUGGCUCACUUAUGACAUUGACAACGACAAUUAUCUAUAUGACGAAUAA